AUGACUGAGCUCUCAGACUUGGAGGAUGAUGGACCGUCCCCUCAGGUUGCCGAUGCCACGCCCAAAGCCAAAUCUGCUAGCAGAUCUUCCGACGACAAGUGUGCUGAUGCCAAGGCAAAAGCCAAGUCGAAAGACAAGGCAAAGGGCAGUGGCACAAAGAGCACGAAGAAAAGUAGAGAUAUGAAAUCGACCAAGCCGAAAAAAAAGCCUUCCGGAGGCGGUUCCGCUCCUGGUCCUGUCCCUUGUGCUGAUGAAAGUGCUUCCGAUCCAGCUACUGAGCCAGAGUCAGAGGAAGUUAGCAAGAAACCGGCUAUGAAAGCCAAAGUCAAGAGCAACAAAGUAGUUCAGAAGCGUUCAGUGCCAGCUGGAACCUCUGCACAUGCAGAGUCAGGCUCCUCAGAGGACAAGCCCCUUCUGAAGCGCCCAGCAGCUGCGCCGAAGACAGUAGCAAAGGCAAAAGCCAAGAAGACACAGGCCAGGAAGUAUUGGUACUACGCUGACAAAAAGAUUGGCAUCAAGUAUGAUGGUCAUGAGCGAAUGACGGUGAAGUCGCGUAAAGGUGUUUCUGAAGAGAAGCAGGAGGAGAUCGCCGAACUGUGCCGCUUGGAGUUUGAGAAAGGUGCAGCAACAGACUAUAUCAAGCAGAUGGCAGCAGAAUUGAUGGAAGCUGCUGCAAGGGCAAGUCUGGCGAGUGCAGAGGCCUCCGCUGUUGUGCCAGAAGCAGAAGUCAAGGAUGUCAAGGAUGAUGGCGAGAUGAAAGAUGCUGACUCAGCGGAUGCUGCAGCUGGGUUGGAGCUUGGUUUUGAAGAGGGAGAAGAGCAGGGUGAAGAGGAGGAUGCAGAGGAUGAUGGUCCAGUCCCAGCUGAUGUUGACUGACCAACUUAGACUGACUUACGGAGACAUUUUUGAAUAGAAAGAGACCUGCUGCAGCUGCAGCCCACAUGGAGUUUAACCCGCCCAGUGUAACGCUGACUCAGUCCAGUAGCAACCAGACCAAUGGCCUGUUGCAAUGACAGAUUUCAUGGCGCG